AUGCAUUCAAGAAAGUCGAAGAGUAUUACGGGCAAGAGGAAGCAAGUAGGAAGUAACGUGACGAGAGUAAUCAAGCCACAGAAGACAAGAAGGAUAAUAAGAAGAUUCCACCAUUUAAUUAAUAAGCGUCAAUCGAUAUGCAAGUUUUUAUGCCUUAAGGAAAACCUAGAUGAUUCCAACGAGGAGAAGAAUGACAAAAUUAUCAGGUUAAGUAUUAAAGGUAAUGUAAGACUGGGCAAGUACUAUGAAGACGGCAAAUCGCAGUCCUUCAAUGAUGCUAUGGAAUCACAACUACUGAGGCUGCACUCAUUAAUUAAAAAUGAAUCCAAAUCAAAGGAUACUUCUGACUUGGCUGUGAUGUACACAUUACUUGGUUACAUAAUGAAUCAGAUUAAUAAAUUGGGAGGACUAGAAACUUACCAAAUUGCCAGUCAAAACGGGCAAUUGAAGGAACGAGGAGGAGACACGUCCAAGUUGCUCGAGAAAUGGAUCAGGUCCUCAUUUGAAAAUUGUCCUGGAGCAGUGGCAUUAGAAAUUGGUUCAUUGAGCUCCGGAAAUCGCAUAUCCCGUUGUGCACUUUUUAGAAAUGUGGUUCGUAUAGAUUUAGAGGAACAUGAAGGCGUUAUUAAGCAGGAUUUUAUGGAAAGACCGCUACCGAGAAAUGAAAACGACAAAUUCGACCUGAUAUCAUGCUCUCUAGUGCUAAAUUUUGUCAAAAAUCACAGGGAUCGCGGUGCAAUGUGCCAUCGCAUGGUCAAAUUUCUCAAGCCGCAAGGCUACAUCUUUAUUGUUCUGCCACAAGCCUGUGUGACGCACUCAAGAUACUGCGACAAAACACUGUUACAAAACCUCCUCGGCUCUAUCGGGCUCAUAAUGCUUAAUAGCCAUCAAAGUAAUAAGUUGUACUAUUGUUUGUAUCAAUUGCAGGUAGUUCCACCGCAGCCGAGUAGCUUUUCCAAAAGAAUCAAGGUUAACGACGGCCCUGGGUUGAACAAUUUUGGUAUUACCCUCUAA